AUGCGCUGCCCCCGCCGACGAGGGCUACGUCUCGGCCCCGUCCUUAUGUUGCUUGUGUUGCUUGUGUUACGUACCCAGGUGCCCAUCAUGAUCCAGGUGUCUGUGAGCGAUUGCACAUCUUACGAGAGGCGGGAUGGACACUGGACAGUGACUGUUCAGAUGAGCGACGAAGAUGAGCCUGUGGCGAUGACAGCUGCCGGUCGACGGAUUGCCAGGGUUAUUUAUCUAAUGUGCCCUGUUCGGUACUCGACGCAGAGAGGUGCCGGUUGCUUUUGA